GAUAAAAGGCUUAGAUGUAUAUUUCAGCAUCACUGUACGCUGGUGAAUGUGAUUAUAGGAGAGACCUCUUAUGGUUCCUAAUGCAGUGAUAUUUCAUCUUAGAUCAAGUCUGCAGGUGCCAGGUGAAAAUGGGCUUCCUGAUGUCAUUGUGUGUAGCGCUGCUCCUGAUGAAUGAUGAAGUCAGAAGCCUUAAUCCUUCAACAACUUCAACUACAACAACAGAAUCUGCUACAUCUUUGCCCAUCACAACUACUGCUUCCGUGGACAAUCUCAGUUAUGAUCCCUGUUAUAAUUAUACAUCAUUGGAUCGUCCGUGGAGGGCCACAAAUGAGAGUGGAUUGUACAUUUGUGAUGAAAGUUUUUACUGGGAUGGCUGGUACAGACUUUACUAUAAUGGGAUGAACAUCCGUAUGUCAGAGAGCUGUGUUAGUUCAUACAGCUGUAACACUUACGCAAGUCUGUGGCUCAGUGGCAGUCACCCUCAGGUUGAAGAUGGAGUGGUUACCCUUCAGUUGUUGGCGAGUGCUUGGGGUUACUGUAGUUAUAAUCUCCAGUCAAUUCAAGUCAAAGCCUGCCCAGGAGGUUACUACGUCUAUGAAUUGGUCAAUCCACAGUUUUGGUGUUCAGCUUACUGCACAGAUAUCAACACUCUGACCGAGGCAGAUCCCUCUACAAAUCCAGAUACGAUUAAUGAAUACAGCACAACUCUGCCUUCCACCAUCACCAGUUAUGACCCGUGCUAUAACUACAAAACCCUUGACAAUGAAUGGAGAAACACACGCACUUACUUGGGUGUACAAUAUGAUGACACCAUGACCGAAUGGGACGGCUGGUAUCGACUCUUUAUUAAUGGCGUAAAUGCUGAGAUUCCUGAGUGGUGUCUGAAUGAUAUGACGUGUGGAGGUUACAGUCCUCUAUGGCUCAAUGACUCUCAUCCACGUCUAGAAGAUGGAGUUGUUACUCUUGAAGUCUACAGCAGCUCUAGAUACGGACAGUGCAUUUCAUACAGAUCCAACUCAAUUGAAGUCAAAGCUUGUCCUGAUAAUUAUUAUGUCUAUAAACUCACCAGACCAAGUGUGACAAUCCCAGCCCCUGUAUAUUGUGCAGUUGCUUUCUCCAGUUCGAGUGUCGACCCCUGUGACAGCUACACUAGUCUGGAUGAUUCUUGGAGAUCCACCAGCAAUUAUAAUUACUAUUAUUACUAUGGUGCUGUGUGUGACUAUAACAUAAACUGGAACGGCUGGUAUAGACUUUACUAUCAAGGACAAGAUGCUCAGAUGCCUGAGUCAUGUGUAAACUAUGGCUCGUGUGGUACUUCUCAACCACUGUGGCUCAAUGGUCGUCACCCACAGCUGGAAGAUGGAGUGGUCACCCGGAAGAUCUGUGGCUCUACUGGGAAUGACUGCUGUGGUUACACAUCCCAUCCCAUACGAGUAAAAGCUUGUCCAGGGAAUUACUAUGUCUAUGAAUUUGUCAGUCCAACAGCCUGUUCUGCGUACUGCACAGAGGUCAGAGACCUUAACCCCUCAACAACUCCAUCAACAACAACAGAAUCCACUACACCUGUGUCUAUCACUGCUUCCGUGGACAAUCUCAGUUAUGAUCCCUGUUAUAAUUAUACAUCAUUGGAUCGUCCGUGGAGGGCCACAAAUGAAAGUGGAUUGUACAUUUGUGAUGAAAGUUUUUACUGGGAUGGCUGGUACAGACUUUACUACAAUGGGAUGAACAUCCGUAUGUCAGAGAGCUGUGUUAGUUCAUACAGCUGUAACACUUACGCAAGUCUGUGGCUCAGUGGCAGUCACCCUCAGAUUGAAGAUGGAGUGGUUACCCUUCAGUUGUUGGCGAGUGCUUGGGGUUACUGUAGUUAUAAUCUCCAGUCAAUUCAAGUCAAAGCCUGCCCAGGAGGUUACUACGUCUAUGAAUUGGUCAACCCACAGUUUUGGUGUUCAGCUUACUGCACAGAUAUCAACACUUUAACUGUAGCAGAUCCCUCUACAAAUCCAGAUAUGGUUAAUGAAUACAGCACAACUCUGCCUUCCACCAUCACCAGUUAUGACCCGUGCUAUAACUACAAAACGCUUGACAAUGAAUGGAGAAACACACGCACUUACUUGGGUGUACAAUAUGAUGACACCAUGACUGAAUGGGACGGCUGGUAUCGAUUCUUUAUUAAUGGCAUGAAUGCUGAGAUUCCUGAGUGGUGUCUGAAUGAUAUGACAUGUGGAGGUUACAGUCCUCUGUGGCUCAAUGACUCUCAUCCACGUCUAGAAGAUGGAGUUGUUACUCUUGAAGUCUACAGCAGCUCUAGAUACGGACAGUGCAUUUCAUACAGAUCCAACUCAAUUGAAGUCAAAGCUUGUCCUGAUAAUUAUUAUGUCUAUAAACUCACCAGACCAAGUGUGACAAUCCCAGCCCCUGUAUAUUGUGCAGUUGCUUUCUCCAGUUCGAGUGUCGACCCCUGUGACAGCUACACUAGUCUGGAUGAUUCUUGGAGAUCCACCAGCAAUUAUAAUUACUAUUAUUACUAUGGUGCUGUGUGUGACUAUAACAUGAACUGGAACGGCUGGUAUAGACUUUACUAUCAAGGACAAGAUGCUCAGAUGCCUGAGUCAUGUGUAAACUAUGGCUCGUGUGGUACUUCUCAACCACUGUGGCUCAAUGGUCGUCACCCACAGCUGGAAGAUGGAGUGGUCACCCGGAAGAUCUGUGGCUCUAAUGGGAAUGACUGCUGUGGUUACACAUCCCAUCCCAUACGAGUAAAAGCUUGUCCAUGGAAUUACUAUGUCUAUGAAUUUGUCAGUCCAAUAGCCUGUUCUGCGUACUGCACAGAGGUCAGAGACCUUAACCCCUCAACAACUCCAUCAACAACAACAGAAUCCACUACACCUGUGUCUAUCACUGCUUCUUUGGACAAUCUCAGUUAUGAUCCCUGUUAUAAUUAUACAUCAUUGGAUCGUCCGUGGAGGGCCACAAAUGAAAGUGGAUUGUACAUUUGUGAUGAAAGUUUUUACUGGGAUGGCUGGUACAGACUUUACUACAAUGGGAUGAACAUCCGUAUGUCAGAGAGCUGUGUUAGUUCAUACAGCUGUAACACUUACGCAAGUCUGUGGCUCAGUGGCAGUCACCCUCAGAUUGAAGAUGGAGUGGUUACCCUUCAGUUGUUGGCGAGUGCUUGGGGUUACUGUAGUUAUAAUCUCCAGUCAAUUCAAGUCAAAGCCUGCCCAGGAGGUUACUACGUCUAUGAAUUGGUCAACCCACAGUUUUGGUGUUCAGCUUACUGCACAGAUAUCAACACUUUAACUGUAGCAGAUCCCUCUACAAAUCCCGAUAUGGUUAAUGAAUACAGCACAACUCUGCCUUCCACCAUCACCAGUUAUGACCCGUGCUAUAACUACAAAACGCUUGACAAUGAAUGGAGAAACACACGCACUUACUUGGGUGUACAAUAUGAUGACACCAUGACUGAAUGGGACGGCUGGUAUCGAUUCUUUAUUAAUGGCAUGAAUGCUGAGAUUCCUGAGUGGUGUCUGAAUGAUAUGACGUGUGGAGGUUACAGUCCUCUGUGGCUCAAUGGCUCUCAUCCACGUCUAGAAGAUGGAGUUGUUACUCUUGAAGUCUACAGCAGCUCUAGAUACGGACAGUGCAGUUCAUACAGAUCCAACUCAAUUGAAGUCAAAGCUUGUCCUGAUAAUUAUUAUGUCUAUAAACUCACCAGGCCAAGUGUGACAAUCCCAGCCCCUGUAUAUUGUGCAGUUGCUUUCUCCAGUUCGAGUGUCGACCCAUGUGACAGCUACACUGGUCUGAAUGAUUCUUGGAGAUCCACCAGCAAUUAUAAUUACUAUUAUUACUAUGGUGCUGUGUGUGACUAUAACAUGAACUGGAACGGCUGGUAUAGACUUUACUAUCAAGGACAAGAUGCUCAGAUGCCUGAGUCAUGUGUAAAUUAUGGCUCGUGUGGUACUUCUCAACCACUGUGGCUCAAUGGUCGUCACCCACAGCUGGAAGAUGGAGUGGUCACCCGGAAGAUCUGUGGCUCUAAUGGGAAUGACUGCUGUGGUUACACAUCCCAUCCCAUACGAGUAAAAGCUUGUCCAGGGAAUUACUAUGUCUAUGAAUUUGUCAGUCCAAUAGCCUGUUCUGCGUACUGCACAGAGGUCAGAGACCUUAACCCCUCAACAACUCCAUCAACAACAACAGAAUCCACUACACCUGUGUCUAUCACUGCUUCUUUGGACAAUCUCAGUUAUGAUCCCUGUUAUAAUUAUACAUCAUUGGAUCGUCCGUGGAGGGCCACAAAUGAAAGUGGAUUGUACAUUUGUGAUGAAAGUUUUUACUGGGAUGGCUGGUACAGACUUUACUACAAUGGGAUGAACAUCCGUAUGUCAGAGAGCUGUGUUAGUUCAUACAGCUGUAACGCUUAUGCAAGUCUGUGGCUCAGUGGCAGUCACCCUCAGGUUGAAGAUGGAGUGGUUACCCUUCAGUUGUUGGCAAGUGCUUGGGGUUACUGUAGUUAUAAUCUCCAGUCAAUUCAAGUCAAAGCCUGCCCAGGAGGUUACUACGUCUAUGAAUUGGUCAACCCACAGUUUUGGUGUUCAGCUUACUGCACAGAUAUCAACACUUUAACUGUAGCAGAUCCCUCUACAAAUCCAGAUAUGGUUAAUGAAUACAGCACAACUCUGCCAUCCACCAUCACCAGUUAUGACCCGUGCUAUAACUACAAAACGCUUAACAAUGAAUGGAGAAACACACGCACUUACUUGGGUGUACAAUAUGAUGACACCAUGACUGAAUGGGACGGCUGGUAUCGAUUCUUUAUUAAUGGCAUGAAUGCUGAGAUUCCUGAGUGGUGUCUGAAUGAUAUGACGUGUGGAGGUUACAGUCCUCUGUGGCUCAAUGGCUCUCAUCCACGUCUAGAAGAUGGAGUUGUUACUCUUGAAGUCUACAGCAGCUCUAGAUACGGACAGUGCAGUUCAUACAGAUCCAACUCAAUUGAAGUCAAAGCUUGUCCUGAUAAUUAUUAUGUCUAUAAACUCACCAGGCCAAGUGUGACAAUCCCAGCCCCUGUAUAUUGUGCAGUUGCUUUUACCAGUCUGAGUAUCGACCCAUGCGACAGCUACACCAGUCUGGAUGAUUCUUGGAGAUCCACCAGCCAAAAUUAUUACUAUUACUCUUAUUACUAUGGUGGUAUGUGUGACUAUAACAUGAACUGGAACGGUUGGUAUAGACUUUACUAUCAAGGACAGGAUGCUCAGAUGCCUGAGUCAUGUGUAAACUAUGGCUUGUGUGGUACUUCUCAACCACUGUGGCUCAAUGGUCGUCACCCACAGCUGGAAGAUGGAGUGGUCACCCGGAAGAUCUGUGGCUCUACUGGGAAUGACUGCUGUGGUUACACAUCCCAUCCAAUACGAGUAAAAGCUUGUCCAGGGAAUUACUAUGUCUAUGAAUUUGUCAGUCCAACAGCCUGUUCUGCGUACUGCACAGAGGUCAGAGAGCUUAACCCCUCAACAACUCCAUCAACAACAACAAAAUCUACUACACCUGUGCCCAUUACUGCUUCUUUGGACAAUCUCAGUUAUGAUCCCUGUUAUAAUUAUACAUCAUUGGAUCGUCCGUGGAGGGCCACAAAUGAAAGUGGAUUGUACAUUUGUGAUGAAAGCUUUUACUGGGAUGGCUGGUACAGACUUUACUACAAUGGGAUGAACAUCCGUAUGUCAGAGAGCUGUGUUAGUUCAUACAGCUGUAACGCUUAUGCUAGUCUGUGGCUCAGUAGCGGGCACCCUCAGAUUGAAGAUGGAGUGGUUACCAGGCAAUUGUUGACAAAUGCCUGGGGUUACUGCGGUUAUUAUUAUUAUUAUCUCCAGUCAAUUCAAGUCAAAGCCUGCCCAGGAGGUUACUACGUCUAUGAAUUGAUCAACCCACAGUUUUGGUGUUCAGCUUACUGCACAGAUAUCAACACCUUAACUGUAGCAGAUCCCUCUACAAAUCCAGAAAUGGUUAAUGAAUACAGCACAUCCCUGCCUUCCACCAUCACCAUUUAUGACCCGUGCUAUAACUACAAAACCCUUGACAAUGAAUGGAGAAACACGCGCACUUACUGGGGUGUACAAUAUGAUGACACCAUGACCGAAUGGGACGGCUGGUAUCGACUCUUUAUUAAUGGCGUGAAUGCUGAGAUUCCUGAGUGGUGUCUGAAUGAUAUGACGUGUGGAGGUUACAGUCCUCUCUGGCUCAAUGGCUCUCAUCCACGUCUAGAAGAUGGAGUUGUUACUCUUGAAGUCUACAGCAGCUCUAGAUAUGGACAGUGCAGUUCAUACAGAUCCAACUCAAUUGAAGUCAAAGCUUGUCCUGAUAAUUAUUAUGUCUAUAAACUCACCAGGCCAAGUGUGACAAUCCCAGCCCCUAUAUAUUGUGCAGUUGCUUUCACCAGUAUGAGUAUCGACCCAUGUGACAGCUACACCAGUCUGGAUGAUUCUUGGAGAUCCACAAGCCAAAAUUAUUACUAUUAUUACUAUAGUGGUAUGUGUGACUAUAACAUGAUCUGGAACGGCUGGUAUAGACUUUACUAUCAAGGACAGGAUGCUCAGAUGCCUGAGUCGUGUGUAAACUAUGGCUCGUGUGGUACUUCUCAACCACUGUGGCUCAAUGGUCGUCAUCCACAGCUGGAAGAUGGAGUGGUCACCCGAAAGAUCUGUGGCUCUACUGGGAAUGACUGCUGUGGUUACACAUCCCAUCCCAUACGAGUAAAAGCUUGUCCAGGGAAUUACUAUGUCUAUGAGUUUGUCAGUCCAGCAUCCUGCUCUGCGUACUGCACAGAGGUUAGAGACCUAAACCCCUCAACAACUCCAUCAACUACAACAGAAUCCACUACACCUGUGCCUAUCACUGCUUCCGUGGACAAUCUCAGUUAUGAUCCAUGUUAUAAUUAUACAUCACUGGAUCGUCCCUGGAGAGCCACAAAUGAAAGUGGAUUGUACAUUUGUGAUGAGUAUUUCUCCUGGCAUGGCUGGUACCGACUUUACUAUAAUGGGAUGAACAUUCGUAUGUCAGAGGACUGUGUUAGUUCAUACAGCUGUAAUGCUUACGUGAAUCUGUGGCUCAGUGGCGCUCACCCUCAGAUUGAAGAUGGAGUGGUUACCCGCCAGGUUUUUGGGUCGUAUUGGAGGUACUGCUCUUAUUUUAUGCUCUCCAUUCAAGUCAAAGCCUGCUCAGGAGGUUACUUUGUCUAUGAAUUGGUCUCCCCGCAGUCUUGGUGUUCAGGUUACUGCACAGAUAUCAACACUUUGACCGAGGCAGAUCUCUUAACAAAUCCAACUGGAUACAGCACAACUCUGUCUUCCACCAUCACCAAUUAUGACCCGUGCUAUAACUACAAAACCCUUGACAAUGAAUGGAGAAACACACGCACUUACUGGGGCGUACAAUAUGAUGACACCAUGACCGAAUGGGACGGCUGGUAUCGACUCUUUAUUAAUGGCAUGAAUGCUGAGAUUCCUGAGUGGUGUCUGAAUGAUAUGACAUGUGGAGGUUACAGUCCUCUGUGGCUCAAUGACUCUCAUCCACGUCUAGAAGAUGGAGUUGUUACUCUUGAAGUCUACAGCAGCUCUAGAUACGGACAGUGCAGUUCAUACAGAUCCAACUCAAUUGAAGUCAAAGCUUGUCCUGAUAAUUAUUAUGUCUAUAAACUCACCAGGCCAAGUGUGACAAUCCCAGCCCCUGUAUAUUGUGCAGUUGCUUUCACCACUCCGAGAAUCGACCCAUGUGACAGCUACACCAGUCUGGAUGAUUCUUGGAGAUCCACCAGCAAUUAUUAUUAUUAUUAUUAUUACUAUAGUGCUGUGUGUGACUAUAACAUGAACUGGAACGGCUGGUAUAGACUUUACUAUCAAGGACAGGAUGCUCAGAUGCCUGAGUCAUGUGUAAACUAUGGCUCAUGUGGUACUUCUCAACCACUGUGGCUCAAUGGUCGUCACCCACAGCUGGAAGAUGGAGUGGUCACCCGGAAGAUCUGUGGCUCUAAUGGGAAUGACUGCUGUGGUUACACAUCCCAUCCCAUACGAGUAAAAGCUUGUCCAGGGAAUUACUAUGUCUAUGAGUUUGUCAGUCCAACAGCCUGUUCUGCGUACUGCACAGAGGUUAAAGACCUCCACCCCCUAACAACUUUAGCAACUACAAUCACAGAAUCCACUACACCUGUGCCCAUCACUGUUACAUUUACCAGUCUGAGUAUCGACCCAUGUGACAGCUACACCAGUCUGGAUGAUUCUUGGAGAUCCACCAGCAAUUAUAAUUAUUACUAUUACUAUUAUUACUAUAGUGGUAUGUGUGACUAUAACAUAAACUGGAACGGCUGGUAUAGACUUUACUAUCAAGGACAAGAUGCUCAGAUGCCUGAGUCAUGUGUAAAUUAUGGCUACUGUGGUACUUCUCAACCAAUGUGGCUCAAUGGUCGUCACCCACAGCUGGAAGAUGGAGUGGUCACCCGGCAGGUCUGUAGCUCUUCUUGGAAUGACUGCUGUGGUUACACAUCCCAUCCCAUACGAGUAAAAGCUUGUCCAGGGAAUUACUAUGUCUAUGAGUUUGUCAGUCCAUCGUCGUGCUCUGCAUACUGCACAGAGGUUAGAGACCUAAACCCCCCAACAACUUUAUCAACUACAACGACAGAAUCCACUACACCUGUGCCUAUUACUGUUACUUUCACCAGUCUGAGUAUCGACCCAUGUGACAGCUACACCAGUCUGGAUGAUUCUUGGAGAUCCACCAGCAAUUAUAAUUAUUACUAUUAUUACUAUGGUGGUAUGUGUGACUAUAACAUAAACUGGAACGGCUGGUAUAGACUUUACUAUCAAGGACAAGAUGCUCAGAUGCCUGAGUCGUGUGUAAAUUAUGGCUACUGUGGCACUUCUCAACCAAUGUGGCUCAAUGGUCGUCACCCGCAGCUGGAAGAUGGAGUGGUCACCCGACAGGUCUGUAGCUCUUCUUGGAAUGACUGCUGUGGUUACACAUCCCAUCCCAUACGAGUAAAAGCUUGUCCAGGGAACUACUAUGUCUAUGAGUUUGUCAGUCCAACGUCCUGUUCUGCAUACUGCACAGAAGUUAGACAGUUGAGCCCCACAACAGCUUCAACAACAACAGAAGAGUCCACAACAUCUUUAUCCAUCACAACCAUCGACCCCUGCACUGAAAUCAACUGCACCGAAGAAGAAUGGUGUGGAGAGAAAGAUGGGAUCUAUGGCUGCUUUUGUAACCAUCCCAGAUCUGACCCUGACUCUUAUGAUUCUUUUGAAAUUUGUGAGAGCAGUUCCGGCUUCCUCUCCUUAUCCCGUUGUCAGCUUUUUGAGGAUGGUUUUAUUGCUGAAAUCCUUCACCUCCGCGAUGCUCGUUGCAAAGGAACAGUCCAGAAUGGCAGAGUGGAGUUCCAUUUUGAUAAGAAUAAUAUGUGUGGUACAAAUCUUAUGGCUAAUGGCACUCAUUUCAUCUAUGAGAAUAUUAUUUUGGGGGAAGUGAAGUCAACUCAACUCAUCAGCAGGAAGAGUCAUCUAAACCUGUCUUUCUCCUGCAUAUAUUCACAAACCCAAACCCUUUCCAUGAACACACAGAUCAACCCUCUGGAGAGCCAUUUGCACAGGACAAUUCCUACAGGUGCAGGCACAUAUAAGGUCAGGAUGGUUCCGUAUCAGGAUCCGGACUUUUCCCAACCCUUUACUGGUAGUGUGAAUAUAGAGGUGGAUGAGCCGAUUUAUGUGGAACUUAAAGUGGAGGGAAUUGAUGAGCAACAGUUUGCAUUACUGAUCGACACAUGUUGGGCAACACCUGUGAAUGACCCACUUUAUAAUGUCCGAUGGGAUCUGCUUGUUGGAGAGUGCCCCAAUCCAAAAGAUGACACAGUUGUUCUGCUGCAGAAUGGUGUCUCUACAUCAAGCCGUUUCUCCUUUAGGAUGUUUACCUUCACUGAAAACUUUGAAAAGGUCUUCUUGCAUUGCUCCAUUCACAUUUGCCUUUUGAUGGGUAAUGACUGCUCAGCGCACUGUGAGUCUGGUUACCAUAGAAGACCCAGGUCUGUGGACUUUCAUGACAGCUCGUCCAUAUCUAUGGGUCCUCUGAUCUGGUCCUAAAACGACUACAGGGAAUUUUUUUACCUUUGGGAAACUAUUUUCACUUAUAUAUAUUCAACUUAAUUAAUUUUGUUUUCAUCUUUACAUAGUUUGUUCAUUAUAUAUCGCUGUUCACUGAUACAUACCAAGUGAAAGUGUCUGGAGCUUUAGUGUUUUUUUGAUUCAUGCCUUUAUCUUUGAUCUCUUGUGGUACAUUUUGGUUUCACAAACAAUAGAAAUCAUUUCAUAAUUGUUAUUGACAUUGUUAAAUUUCUGAUUCAUGAUUACUGUUAUGAAUUUAUAAUAAAGUGAUGUAAAGAGCGUGCUGCAAUAUGUUGUUUUGGUAUUGUUACAUUUGUUGUGUUUAAUAGGGAAUAUAAUACAUGGUUAGUUGAGUUAUUUCAAACAUUAACCAGCAGGUGACACUCUCACCAAAGUCUUAUUGCUUUUUUGAUGUCUUUAUGGCUCUCUUAGGUAUAAGCUCACAAGUAAUAUGCACUGACUACAAUUUUAUCUGUUAUUAAUAUGUGUUGAUCCUUUUGUGGUAAUAUUUUGUAGUCAUUCUCCUAAUGGCCUAUAAGCUUCAGUUUCUACUCCGAACACACCAGUACAACAUGCAUACAAAAUUUUUAAUGCAUCUUUAAUAAAAUAUUUGAAUAAAGAGCAAAGAUUCAGUUGUUUAAAGUUGAAAUGAUUUUUGGCUGCUACUGUAU